CUGAGGCUGCCUGGGUCCAGGAAUCUCUGUCUUCAUCACCCUUGAACGCUCCCAAAUCCAGGCUGGGGAGCGCUCUGGGACCUGCCCAGCGACAGCAGACGAGUCUGGCUGCAUCUCAGAUAUUUCACGAUGUUCAGGAGAAAAUGCCUUGGAUUUAAUCCAGAGUAGAAUUUGGCAAGGUUUGUGUGCAGUCCCCACUUGCAAACUGAGCAGUUUGGCCUCUCUGCUCUGCCCCAGGGGCUUUGAACCAAGGAGAGCUCACAGCUGGGAAGGGCUCUGACCUCUGUCACUGGAGGCAGCAAAAGGGAGAAGAAACAGCGAAAUUCCCUUUGCAGGGGAUGCUGUAGCCAGGUGAAGGAUGGACUGAGAGAGCCCCAGCAGGCCCCACCCAAGGCUGAGGGGCUCAGCCUGCAGGGAGGGAGCCAAUUUUGGACACAAACAUCGCUCUGGCUGCGGCGAGGGGAGAGGAGCUGCGAGGAGCUGCCGCGGAUCGAACCCGCUCCUGGAGGGGAAAAUGCCGCUUCGGUUUGGUGUCUAAUUAGAUAUUUACCAGGAAGGAAGGAAAGAUAUAAAUAGGGUGACAGUGACUUCAAAGGGUGUUUUUUGACUUCUAAGAAUAACACCUUUGCUGGCGCCGCUUUCGGGAAUAUCGGCUGUGCCGGGGUGUGAAAGGCGGAGGAGGUGUCGCAGCUCGGCCGGCAGCCAAGGGAGCAAACCCAGACCCCAGCCCCGCUCCCAACCCAGACCCCAGCCCUGCUCCAAACCCAGACCCCAGCCCUGCUCCAAACCCAGACCCCAGCCCCGCUCCCAACCCAGACCCCAGCCCUGCUCCAAACCCAGACCCCAGCCCUGCUCCAAACCCAGACCCCAACCCCACUCCCAACCCAGACCCCAGCCCUGCUCCAAACCCAGACCCAGCCCUGCUCCAAACCCAGACCCAGCCCUGCUCCAAACCCAGACCCCAGCCCUGCUCCAGCCCCACAGAGCAGCUGAGGAAGGGGCAGAGCCCCUGGAAGGCUCAGCUGCAUCCACAGGGACACAGCAGGGGCAGUUUGGGGAAGACCAGCGCGGGCGGGAGGGAACGUGUGGCACCAUGGGGUCACCACUCCUGUCCCUGUGGGCAGUGCUGCUGCCCACCCUGGUGCUGGUGGGACUCUGGGCUCCCUGUGUGGUGAGCAGGCAGCCCAACUUCAUCGUCAUCCUGGCUGAUGAUGUGGGCUGGGGGGAUCUGGGCGCCAACUGGGCAGAGACGAAGGAGACGCCGCAUUUGGAUCAGUUGGCUGCUGAAGGAACAAGGUUCGUGGAUUUCCACUCGGCCGCCUCCACGUGCUCCCCGUCCCGCGCCUCGCUGCUCACGGGGCGCCUGGGGCUGCGCAACGGGGUCACCCACAACUUCGCCAUCUCCUCUCUCGGGGGCCUCCCCCGCAACGAGACCACCCUGGCCGAGGUCCUGAGGGAGGCUGGCUACAGCACAGGGGCCAUAGGCAAGUGGCACCUGGGACACCACGGCCACCAUCACCCCACCUCCCGUGGCUUCGACUACUACUAUGGGAUCCCCUACAGCCACGACAUGGGCUGCACAGACACCCCUGGCUACAACCUGCCCCCCUGCCCGCCCUGCCCAGGGCACAGAGCCGCUGCCAGCAGGGUGGUGAGGAAGGACUGUUACACAGAGGUUGCCCUGCCUCUCAUGGAGAACAUCACCAUCGUCCAGCAGCCCGUGGAGCUUGGCAGCCUGGCCAGGCGCUAUGCAGAGCAGGCAGAGAGGUUCAUCCAGAGGGCCAGUGCCAAAGGACAGCCCUUCUUCCUGUACCUGGCCCUGGCCCACAUGCACGUCCCGCUGGUGCCCCCGCCGCCCCCCGGCCCGGGCAGGGGCAUCUAUGGAGCCUCUCUGGGGGAGAUGGACGCGCUGGUGGCACGGGUGAAGGAGGCGGCAGACAGCCUGGGCAGGGGCAGCACGCUGCUCUGGUUCACAGGUGACAAUGGCCCCUGGGCACAGAAGUGUGAGCUGGCAGGACGCCUGGGGCCAUUCGUGGGUGCCUGGCAGAGGCAGAGAGGUGGGAGCUCAGCCAAGCAAACCACCUGGGAAGGAGGGCACAGGGUGCCAGCCCUGGCGUACUGGCCUGGCCGUGUCCCUGCUGGGAGGACCAGCCAGGCUCUCCUCAGCAUCCUGGACAUCUUCCCCACGCUGGUGGCCCUGGCUGGGGCAGCACUGCCUCCAAACAGGCGCUUUGAUGGCUUGGAUGUGUCCCCAGUUCUCUUUGGCUGGUCAGAUGUGGGGCACAAGGUUCUGCUGCACCCCAACAGCGGCGCGGCGGGGAAGGUGGGCGAGGUCGAGGCGCUGCGGCUGCAUCAGUACAAGGCCUUCUACACCACAGGAGGGGCCUUGGCCUGUGAUGGCAGCACUGGGCCGGCACAGCAGCACCACCCACCCCUCAUUUUCAACCUGGCCCGAGACAUCCAGGAGCAGGAGCCUCUGGACGUGGCCUCCAGGGAGUACCAGGCAGUGCUGCCUGCCAUCAGCAGGGCUUAUGCCCAAGCCCUGCAGGACAUUGCAGCAGACAACGUCUCAGUUGCAGACUAUUCCCAGGAUCCAGCUGCAAUUCCCUGCUGCAACGUGCAGCACGUGGGCUGCCGGUGCCACGGGGCCACGCGGGAUCCCCACGUGGAGAGCACAACACCCCGGCUUUGUCUUUAGGCAAAUAAUUGCUCAGGCUGCUCCUUUCCCAAGGGUGGUGUCUGUGAAAUCCAGGCUGGAGGUGGGAUGGAGGCUGUGGCUCCCUUUGCUCCGUGCUGGGCGGAGGGAGGUGAGCUGGGUGUGGGUCUGGGGGAGCACACAGAGGGUCCCCUUUGAAGGCUUUUUGUAGGGCUCUGUAUCUGGGAAAGGGAGAACUCUUGGAUUAAAAUUACCUUCUGUGAGA